AUGUUAGUUUUGAGAGGGCUUUAUAAAGAGAGUGAUGUGAAAUGCAAGAGUGAGCUUCGCGUUAAUAGAAGAACUUUCAAUAUUAUUUGUGAGAUGCUUAGAGACAUUGGUGGUUUGAGUGGAACAAAAAACAUGUCACUUCAAGAGAUCGUAGCCAUGUUUUUAUACACGUUGGCUCACCACAAGAAGAAUAGGUCUAUUGGACAAUAUUUCUUUAGAAGUGGAGAAACCGUGAGCCGACAAUUUCACCUUUGUCUAAGGGCUCUUCUCAAAUUACACGAAGUAUUACUUUACAAUCCCACACCAAUAUUAGAUGAUUGUGAAGAUGAAAGGUGGAAAUUUUUCAAGAAUUGUUUAGGGGCAUUAGAUGGGACUUACAUUAAUGUAAAUGUGCCUUCACAAGAACGACCAAAAUAUAGAACAAGAAAAGGAACAAUUGCUAUGAAUGUAUUGGGUGUUUGUGCACCCAAUUUGCAAUUUAUUUAUGUUCUUCCUGGUUGGGAAGGUUCGGCCCAUGAUAUGCGUGUACUUCGCAAUGCUCUCUCUAGACCAAACGGUUUUAGGGUACCUCGAGGUAAUUAUUAUUUGGUUGAUGCGGGAUAUAUGAAUUGUGAGGGUUUUCUUGCUCCAUAUAGAGGUCAAAGAUACCAUUUAAAAGAAUGGACGGAUCGACAACCCGAAAGUGCCGAGGAGUUCUAUAACAUGAAACAUGCUAGGGCGCGAAAUGUGAUUGAGAGAUGUUUUGGCCUACUUAAAGGAAGAUGGAGUAUUCUUAGAAGUCCUUCAUUUUUCCCUAUAAGAACUCAUGGACGUAUCGUGAUGGCUUGUUGCUUAUUGCAUAAUCUAAUUAGAAAAUUCAUGCCUACGGAUGAUAUAAACGAAGAUGAAUUGAAUGAAUCCAAUGAUGAUUCCGAAAGUGAUUCCGAUGAUGAAAGGGAAUUUAUUACAAGUGUUGCUACUUCGGAUCAUUGGACCAAUUUUAGAAACAAAUUAGCCCAAGAUAUGUUUAAUGAUUGGAGGGCGAGAGGUAGACAUGGUCAAUAG